AUGAACGAACAACGCAUCAAGAUGGAAGGCGAGCAAUAUGAUCCCAUCACGAAUCGGCACAACGAUCACUUCCUCAGACUUUCAUAUCACGGUCCAAGCCCCCCACCCCCCCAUACGGUGAACGGGCAGCCCGCGAAGAAGAAAGGCAAGCGAAAGUGGACGGCUGAGGAGAAGUGCAACGGCCGCAAGAACUCGCCGCCGGCGCCCAGAUUUGGCGGACUCUCUCGGCUCGCCUGGAAAGAACACCAGCAUCAGCGUAGAGAGGAGGAGCUCUCGCGUGUUAUGAGCGGUGAAAUCGCACCGCCUCCCGGUGCAGGUCCCAACUGGGCGAAGAAUCGCGAGUCAAAGCUGAGAAAGGACACGAAGGCUACGAAGCGCCGCCAUAAGAAGCAUAAGAAGAGACUCCGGAAUCAGGCAAUGGGCAUAGAUACAGGCGAUCACUGGAGCCCGGGCAUGGAGUACGAUGACUUGAGGUGGCCAGAGAGCGAGUCACCGGAUCAUGGUGUGAUGGGCAAACAGGAGUCUAGCGCGAGCACAGGUAUGGGAUGGGACAUCAAGAAGGAGAACAGGGAUCGUGCGGUUAUGGUGAAGCCAGAGCCUGGAGUUGGCAUCUAUGAUGGCGGACUGCAAACUUUCUAUCCCGUCGACGAUGACGUGGAGCAGUAUGGCAGCUACUGUCGCCAUAUGACCAAGCGGGGUCCGAAUGGGCUACAGCCUUGUAGCAGUGACAACCGUAGCAGUGACAACCGUACAGGAGACGUUUGCGCCAGCGGUCAUAACGAGCCAGGUUGGGAGCAUCCACCAAAGACCGAUCUAAAUUCCAUCCACUAUGAUGCAGAACGAGAGGAAGCGGUUGAUGCCUUUUUCGAUGCUCUGGAAAAAGGAAUCGCUGCCUGGAAAUAG